AUGUCGCUCGUCCAGCCCGCAGUGCCAGAGCGCCGGCCCUCGCCCGCCCUGUCGCUCAACUUAUCUUCCAACAAUCCCUUCCGCAACCGCGCUGCAUCGCCCCAAGGCCUGCCGUCGCCGUCGCCCUCGCUGCCCACCCCGCGCACCACCGCCCAGCGUCCGCACUCGCGGAACCCCUUUUUGGCCGAGUUCGAGGCCUCCGCUCCGCAAACGCAGUUCCAAACGCAAUUCCCUCCCUAUCAAGCCAACAACAUGGCCACCCCGUCUGACAAGCCCAACUACGCAUCCGCUGCGGAAGAGCUGUUUGUACGUCGCGAGUCUAUUUCCACGCCCCUGCUUCUGCCCGCAGAUAAGCUCCGCUCUAAAGGCGCUUGUGCGACUGCCCGUCCGCCCUCUGCGCGACCCGCCCUCUGCACAAAAUUAUCUGCGCGCCCUCGCUCCUCGGUCACCAUGUUCCCGCACUCUCGCUCACCGUCCGUCGAAAUGGACAAGUUUGCCGUCUUCACGAAACUGUUUGCUGACUAUCCGAAACACCAGGCCGAGAUGAGCAUUCAGGACAAGGAUGAUAAGAAGGCAGGCCCGACUGGUGCUUCCUUCCCUCGUCCGCCUGGCCCGUCGCGAUCGGGCACUGCUCCUGGGCGUCCGCCGCGCCCCGACGACGACCACCGCCGCAACGCCAGCGGCUCCCGGGCUCCUCCCCGUCGCCCCCCGCCUCGCGAGGAGCUCGACAUUUUCAAGAGCCCCGGCCGCAGUGAGAACAGGAGGCCCCGUCGCAACUCUGAGUCUUCGAUCAUGGACAAGACGUCGAUGGAGGAUGAGCGCAGACGUCGCGAGAGGAGGCACAGGGAGCGCAAGGAGAGGGAAUCCGGCCGCACCAAGGACGGCAAAGUGAGGAAGCCUAGGGGUCUUGACCUUAUCGACAAGCUCGACGUCUCGGGCAUUUACGGCCCCAGCAUGUUCCACCAUGAUGGUCCCUUCGAUGCUUGCAACCCUCACCGUAACCGGAAGAGGGAUCAGCGGGCCCCGAUGCAGGCGUUCCCGGAGGGUUCCGCCAACAACGUCAUGGGCGGUUCCGGUCCCGUCAACCAGAGCAUGAACCUCGACCAGUUCCACGGUCGUGGCGCUGAGGGAUUCUCGGACUUUUCGUCUGCCGCCCGCACUGAUGCCGAGCCGCUCCCCAAGCCGUCUGCUGCCCAGACUGGCUUCUACAACCCGAAGGCAGAUAUCGAGGCCAUCCACGGCGACGAGUCCAACGGUCUGGGAACGAGCACCUUCCUCGAGGGUGCCCCUGCGAGCAGGAAGGACUUGGAAAGGCGUGGCUCUGAGAACGAUGGUCUAGGCAGCAUGGGUGGUGGCGGUGGUCUUGCGCGUAAGAAGUCUCUCGCCCAGAGGAUCCGCGGAAUCUCGCAGCCCCGUCGCGACUACGGAGGACGCGUCGUGUCCCCUGAUGCCCAGUACGAAUUCCGCCGCCCGCCGCCGCCGCCCCCGAACGGCCAGAGCUCCCCGAUGAGUGCAGGAGGCAGGGGCAAGAUGCAGGAGAAGAACCCGUUCUUCGAUGAUUACGAUGAUGCGUACGAGAAGAAGGGCGCGUCGAUCAGGAUUUCGGAGCAGCAGAGGCCCGGUCGCGCUCGGGCACCGAGCUCCCCUGGACGGCCGAACUUGGAGAGACUGCCCACCGGCGAGGCUGGUCCAGCCGAUGAGCCCAAGCCCAGCGGCUUCCUUACGCGCAUGAAGUCCCUGAAGGGCGGCCCCAGGAAGCCCAAGCCCGAGAGGAGGCCGUCGUAA